AUGGCGGUAGAAGAGGAGAGAGGCAAGUGGGGUAGGCAGCUGGAGUUCGUGCUGACGCUGAUCGGUUUUGCUGUGGGACUGGGAAAUGUCUGGCGCUUCCCUUAUCUCUGCUUCAAGAACGGUGGAGGUGCCUUUCUCAUUCCCUACACCCUGAGCCUCAUCUUUCUGGGAAUUCCAAUUUUUGCGAUGGAGUGCGCCUUUGGACAAUAUGGCGGCAAGGGACCUCUAAGUAUAUGGACAAUCAAUCCUGCAUUCAAAGGUUUAGGAAUCUCAAUGAUCGUAGGCGGCGCUAUCGUCAUCGCCUACUACAGCAUCGUCAUAGCCUGGGGCCUCCGCUUCCUGGUGGCGUCCUUCACCUCCGAGCUGCCUUGGCUGACCUGCAGAGACUGCUCGUGCUUGCUGUAUGGGGUUAAGAACGCCACCCAAGAAAUGGUGGAACUGUUGAAAACCAACAACUCCCUGGGGAUCCACUGUCCAAACAUCAGCCCCAAUCAGACCACGUCACCAAGCGAGCUCUACUUCGUCAAGGAGAUUCUAGCUGACACAGGCUCCAUGGAAAACAUCGGAGGCAUCCAGUGGGAGAUCUUGCUUUGCAACCUGUUCUCCUUCGUCAUCACCUUUCUGGUCCUUGUCAAAGGUGUGGAGAGCCUGGGGAAGGUGUCCUAUUUCUCGGCUGUGUUUCCCUACGUGUUGCUGACCAUCCUGCUGGUCAGGUGCGCCCUGCUGGACGGAGCUUAUGACGGUGUCCUCUUCUACCUGACCCCGGACUGGAGUCGCCUGAAAACAGCCGAGGUCUGGAGUGAUGCGGCGGUUCAGAUCUUCUUCUCGCUGAGUGCCUGCAGUGGUGGCCUGGUGGCCAUGUCUAGCUACAACAACUUCAACAACAACAUCAUCAGAGAUGCCUUCGUAGUGCCGAUUGUCAACUGUCUGACCAGCUUCUACGCUGGGUUUGUGAUCUUCUCCACGCUCGGCUACAUGGCAAAGACCAAAGGUGUCCCCAUUGCAGACGUCACCAAGGGAGGCCCCGGCUUGGCAUUCAUCGUCUAUCCGGAGGCUCUCGGGAACAUGCCUGUGUCGAGUCUGUGGGCUAUCCUCUUCUUCUUCAUGCUGUGUCUUCUGGGAUUCAGUUCCUUGUUCUCCUCUGCUGAGACACUGAUGACCGCAAUCAUCGACGAAUUCCCGCAUUUUUUCCGGGGACGGAAACGGAAAAUACUCUUCCGCCUCAGCCUGUGUGCCCUGGAGUUCCUACUGGGAAUUCCCAUGAUCACCCAAGGGGGUUCCCACCUGCUGGACCUUGUUGACAGCGCCAUGAUCGGGUUUCCCCUGUUGUUUAUUGGCCUGUUUGAAUAUAUUGUGAUUAUUUAUAUAUACGGCUACAGACAAUUCGCUGCUGACGUCAAGGCCAUGGUGGGCUUCAGUCCCUUCAUCUACUUCAAGGCCACCUGGACCGUGAUCAGUCCGCUCCUUCUCCUGGCUAUCGUUAUAUUUAAGGCCUACGAGCAGAAGGACGAGCCGCCAGCCUGGAAGAGCCUCCUCUACUACCUCAUCCUGUUGUUCGUCGUCAUGUGGAUCCCCGUGUAUUUCUUCUACUACUCCUGCAAGAAUGGACUCUGGGAGAUAAUGAAGCCUCAGAAAGAAUGGACUGACCGACGAAAGCUGGCAGAGAAGGAGAUACAAAUGGAAAAUGACUAUGAAAUGUUUCUUGUCUCCAAAGACGGUUUCUGCAAUUUUGAAAUGACCGUACACCGCAAGAGACACUCUGAGAAAACGCAAGCAAUCGAAGAAAACAUCGAAAACAGUUUGGACAGAGAAACACACUUGACCGGAAGUGACAAUUGUGCAUUCACUAAUGAAGAAGACGGUGAAAACAAACACGUCAACAACGGAGCAGCUUCUCAUGGUCACAGGGAAGAUGUCGUAUCUAAAUUUUGA